CUCACUCAUCCUUCUCAGUUUAGCUCAGUUAGGUUAGGUGUACAGUGAAGUCCAGAAGAGUUCUUGCUUUUCGGUCUCAAGAUGUCCUGGACUCGAGUCAUCUCUCUCUCUUUGCUCACCAUCCUCCUCAUCCUCACCUUUUCCAGUGUGAUGGAAAGUGCAGCGGUCCGAGAUGACUCAAAAGAAGACAAUCGUAAAGGGGCAGCACGGCAGGUGUUCAUGCCCGAGUCUGACGCCUCCAACUUCUUCAAACGCCGCAGUCGCCGCUCGGUCCGGUACUACGCUGAGCUCCAAGCUGAGCAGAGGGUGAGGCUUUCUGCAGACGAGCGGAGGAGGGAGUACAAUGAGGAGCGGAGGAACGAGUACGAGAACUAUGUCGAGGAGGAGCGGGAUGAGCAAAAUGAGAGAUCGAGGGAGACGAAUGAGCAGUUGCGAGAGUAUCACUACGACGGCCUGUAUCCUCGCUACUACUGGUUCCACUGAGCGCCGCUAUGGAGGACUAGGCUACAGCACCUCUUACUGGAGCUAUGCUAACACGGCCCUCACGUCACCCUCUACCAACAUACAUCUUAGUUAUCCCCAUAUUUUUUACAACUUUAAUCCAUAAGAUAAAGGGUUUCUUUUCUAUUUUAAUAAAACCUCAAUUGUGCAAUAUUUGUCUUCAUGUCAAACUGUAAAAUGUAUUAAAAGUGCAGUUUCUGUAUUGUAAGCUUAACGUUAUAUUAAAUGGAGGCAUACAUUUUGCAUGCUUGUUUAUACUGUCUUUUUUACCUGUACAUACAAGCUGCACAGUGUCCUUUAUGUCAGCCUGAGGCAUAGCAGCAAUAAAUCAACCUCUUACAUCGACAGCUGACUUGUUUUGCUGUAGCUUUAUUUUUUGCAAAGAAACCAACUUUUAAAUAAAGAGGAGUUU